AUGCACAGUUUGUCUAUAACUGUAAACACUUGUUCUUCUUCAGCAGGUCAGCAGACACUGGCUAACUUCAUCGAAACCACAUGGAAGGAUCUGAAUGACCCGGCCACUCUGUACUGUUCAGAGCCCUGUUCAGGGGUGGAAACCUGGGAGAAGAAUGGAGUGAAAGUGGCCGAAUGUGGAGUUAAAGAAGAGUCAGAGUUCAGCUGUGAGAGACACCUGGACAAUAGUAGCCUCACCGUUCCUCAGGUUAAUUACACCACCAGAGGAUUUUAUCACACCAAAUGUAGCGGAGAAGUGAUCUGCUUCCAGAACCUCCAGCCCAAGCCUCACAGCUCUUCUGUUGAAGUACCAGCUGGAGAUCCCCUCAUCUUGGACCUGUUCACGUUCCAUCCAGUGACUCUAAUGUUCUCCCGGACUGAUGGAGGAUCUGUAACCCCUGUCCAGAUGUGCACUGUGAAUGGACGCUCCGUGCGCUGUAACGCGGGGUAUGAAGACAGAGUGUCAGUGUGUGGUAACUCCAUGGUGCUGAGAGACGUGGUGUCUGCUGACUCUGGAGUCUACACAGUGCGAGAGGUCAACGAUGGAGCGGCUCUCAUACGGACAGUGUCGGUCACUGUUAAACAUGCUGAGCAGAGCUGGAUGUGGAAGGAUGAAUACCAGCAGGGAUUGAAAAUUGGAGCACUGGGAUUUGGGAUUGGAGCGCUGGUUCUUGGUGUGAUUCUGGGGUUCUAUGCUGUGCCGAGGGGUCUUUAUCUGAUGGACAGAUGUGUCCAGAGGCUCAGAAGACGAGACUCCUCACGCGUGACUCAAACUGAGGAUGUGGAAAAGAGUGUUCCCCUGACAUGA